CUGCCUCAAUUCGCGCACAUUGUUUUUAGUUUUUUAACUCGACGAAAUGGAGGAAAAGAUUCUUCCGAAAUUCGUAUUGCCGUCUCCGAAAUUCGACAGGCCCAAUGGAGUCAACAAAGCCCCUCACCUCUACCUGACCCCCAGUGGGAUGACCCUGCUGCCGAGGGCCAAACAACCUCCGCCCAUGUACGGCGCACGAGGAUCAACAGUGCCUGCUAAAUAUCUUACCCAGGAUCAGAGCAGCCCAGUCAGUGUGCCAGAAACCCCGCCAAUUUACAAAUCGCCUCCACGAUCCGAGUACUGCCACACGUGUUGUAUGGAGUUGGCCACUUCUGAGGACAUGAAACGUCACCUGGAACAGCAUGAAUCCUGUCCCGCUGAUGAUUGCGACUUUGAGUCCCUGCACAACAUCCUAGAACGCCAUAUAGAAGCUAAUCACAUCACCGGGGCUUACAAAAAGGUCAAGAAAGUGUGGACGCAGGAGGAAUUGGCCGCUUGGAAGGCAGAACGAAGGAAGAGAUUUCCAACUGCAGCGAAUGUUGAGCUGGCCAGAUUAGCUAAGGAACAGAGAAUCAAGCGCGGAGAGCGUCUGGAGGCCUCUAAAUCUCGCUUUGGAAACCGCGAAGAUCGUCAAAGAACCCGACCCAAAGGAGAUAAAAAGGAGCGUUUUGAUCCCAAAAACAGAAAAAAGAGAAAUGCCAAAGGCAAAGCCACUGAAAAGAAGAAAAAUGUUGGAAGUUCAAAGAAAUCCACUGAUAAAACAAAUCAGAGUAGAGAAACUUCAACACAGUCUACAAAUUUAAACAAGGAAUGUGAAGAAACCAAAGAUGAGGACAGGAAUCUCAUAGAAAAUGCCAAGUUCUGUGGAACUGGGCAUAUGACGGACUAUCAGCACUUCAACAAAAAAAAUCAAAAAAAGGAUAAUGCUUUGUUCGGCCUACUUGGAAUGUACGGUUCAGAUAGUGAAGAGGAAAGUGAAACUGAAGGCGAAAAUCAGGAUCAGGAUGAAGCAAAACAGAUUAUUCAAGAGAAAACGACAUUGAAGAGUUCCAAAACUGAGUCUUCUAAGCCCACAGAAAAGGACCCAAUCCACGAUAAUACAGAUCUUAAGUUAGAACCCAAUUUGUCCAUAGAUAAUUAUAGUUCUGAGGCUUCUACUAAACCUGUACCUAUUCAGGAUAUGGAAACUAGGGAAGACUUUACUUCUGUAACGGAAAAUACCUCCUUUUUAAAUGAAGUGCCUCAAGAAGACAUUAAUGAAAUAACUGAAUCCGGCAUAGAGAAAGUUCCUCCUACAAGGGAAGAUCAUUGCUCUUCCGACGAAGCACCAAAUGAAGAGCCCUUCCAGCGAGUAACUGAAGCCAUAAGAGAAUCAAGUCCACCCAAAACCGAACCAAAGGAAUGCCAACCCCAAACUGCACCCAAACGAAUUGCUCCAAAGCGAAUUAAUGGCUUGAACUACAAGAGAGCUCGUAAACAAACCCAGCAGAACACCAUGUUAUCCAAACUUCUUGAAUCGGACAUCCGACAUGAAAGGAACGUUCUGCUGCAGUGCGUCCGACACGUUUGUGAAAGAAAUUUCUUUGGCAUCGGACAAACUACGGAGAAAAAGAGGUUAAAGUUAAACGGGACUCGACUUGUGAUAAAUCUUUAGGUAAAACACCGGAUGUAUAAUUUCUAUUAGCCCCUAAGAUAAACAAUUAAAGUAAAAAUUUAAGAAUGCAAA